AGCGGAGAUGGCAACCUCGCUGGAAACGCGCGGGGGAGCCUGAAGUCGGCAGCUGGAGACGCACUGCUCUGCGUGCUCCAUCGCCCCGCCGCCUCGCAGACCCUCCAUCUUCCUGCUCAGUUCCGGGCCAGGCUCGCCCCUGACCCCGGGGUGGGGUGGGGGGGCGGCUCCCGCUUCUCCCGGGGCUCCAGGUGGUUCCCCACCCCCUGCCCUCCGCGACUCAACUGCCUGGGUCCCCCCUCCCCCGCCACACACACUCACACGCGCCCGCGAGCACACACGCACGCACACACACACACACUCACACGCCAGCAGGCUGCUGGCUGCUCAAUGGACCGAUUGCCCCGGUUUCCCUGAACCCAGACUAGCCCGGGAUGAGAAACUGCAAAAUGGCCCGAGUCGCCAGUGUGCUAGGGCUGGUCAUGCUCAGCGUAGCCCUGCUGAUCUUAUCGCUUAUCAGCUACGUGUCCCUGAAAAAGGAGAACAUCUUCACCACUCCCAAGUACGCCAGCCCGGGGGCGCCCCGAAUGUACAUGUUCCACGCGGGAUUCCGGUCACAGUUUGCGCUGAAGUUUCUAGACCCGUCAUUUGUGCCCAUUACGAAUUCUCUCACCCAUGAACUCCAAGAGAAACCUUCUAAAUGGACAUUUAAUCGGACAGCGUUUUUACAUCAAAGGCAAGAAAUUCUUCAGCAUGUCGAUGUAAUAAAAAAUUUUUCUUUGACCAAGAAUAGUGUUCGGAUUGGCCAAUUGAUGCAUUAUGAUUAUUCCAGCCAUAAAUAUGUUUUCUCUAUUAGCAAUAACUUCCGUUCACUGCUGCCAGAUGUGUCGCCCAUUAUGAAUAAGCGUUAUAAUAUUUGUGCUGUGGUGGGCAACAGUGGAAUCUUGACAGGCAGUCAGUGUGGACAAGAAAUAGAUAAAUCUGAUUUUGUUUUUCGAUGCAAUUUUGCCCCUACGGAGGCUUUCCAAAAGGACGUUGGGAGGAAAACCAACCUCACAACCUUCAACCCCAGCAUCCUGGAAAAAUAUUACAACAAUCUUUUAACAAUUCAGGAUCGUAACAACUUCUUCCUCAGUUUAAAAAAGCUGGAUGGGGCCAUUCUUUGGAUCCCUGCGUUUUUCUUCCACACUUCUGCAACUGUAACCAGAACGUUAGUUGACUUUUUCGUUGAACACAGAGGUCAGCUAAAGGUCCAAUUGGCUUGGCCUGGAAACAUAAUGCAACAUGUCAACAGGUACUGGAAAAACAAACACUUGUCACCCAAACGACUGAGCACAGGUAUUCUCAUGUACACUCUCGCAUCUGCAGUCUGUGAAGAGAUCCACUUGUAUGGAUUCUGGCCUUUCGGAUUUGACCCCAACACAAGGGAGGAUCUUCCGUACCAUUACUAUGACAAAAAAGGAACCAAAUUCACCACCAAGUGGCAGGAAUCUCACCAGCUGCCUGCUGAGUUUCAGUUGCUAUACCGAAUGCAUGGUGAGGGGCUCACCAAGCUCACCCUGUCACACUGUGCCUAAGAACUCCAAACGGAAAGUGCCAAAUGGCUGUUUUAAAAGUGCCCCCCCCCAAAAAAAACCAAAUUGAAUAGUCUCCAGAAUAGAGCCCCAAAGACAAUCCGGCAAAGCUUGUCUGUCUGCCACUCACACGGAAGGACGUCUCCUCUCCCUCUGCUCUUUGAUCGGUCUUAGAAGACUUAGGACGGGUGCGUUGAAGCCACAUGCGUUAGACUUGAUUGGUAAAGGUGAGGUUGUAUUGGGAAGUAUGCUGCACAGCGAAUGACUUGAAAAGUUCCACAUUUGUAUUUUAAUAAUAAACUGACUCCCAUAUGGAUGAGCUCCUGUCGUCCCAUCCAUGGCUGCCGUCUCCUCAGCCCUACUUGGAUAUAGUCCUCGUAAUCAGAGAAUGCUGGCCAGUUUCAGCGGGAUCUCCUUUGCCAGGGGGAUUGGAGACUUCAAAAACAAAAACAAAAAUCUGGUUUGCAGGUUGUUGUCUCUCUCUCUCUCUCUCUCUCUCUCUCUCUCUCUCUCUCUCUCUCUCACACACACACACACACACACACACACACGCAUACACACACACACACACACACACACACACACCCUGUCCCUGUUGCUCUACUACCACUGAAUUUAAUAAUUUGUUAGGAAUAGCUCUGGAUUAUCUUUGCUUGUAUAUGUUUGCAUCUGUACUUGAUGUGUGCAAGUCUCUGGGCGACUUAGGUGGUUCAUGUCAAACUGAACAAAUUAUGAUGACUUCCUUCAUGAUGAAUUCUUUAAGAAAUGCCUCUUACCAAGUCCUCUCUUGUCCACACUGUUAUUCUGCGGCAGGGUGGUCUAUGUGGUAGAGUGGCAUAUGCUACAGUGCCUCUCUUUCUGUUGCAUGCCCAUGCUGCGUGUGGCACGGCAUCUGCUGGCAUGAGUGCAGAUGUGGCAAGUUCAACAAGGGCUUUCUAGCCUGGGCCUUCCACUAUCUUGGCUCAGGCAUUGAGCUGGGCACUCUCUCAGAACAUAGAGGCAUUGAGCUAACUUAAAAACCCGGGGAAUGUGAAGGAAAGAGAAGAAGCGUAUUUGCAAGUUAUGCACUCUAUAAAGCAGUGUGAGAAAAGAAGCUAGAGCUUCUUUUCUGUGUGGCUAAUGUUAGCAUUAGUCAUGUCAGAUCCUUUCUGUGACAUCCCCACCAACAGCCAUCUAGACCUGCUUGCUUUCUUUGAGACAGUUGUAGAUACUAUUCUCUGUUUCCUCUGAAAUCAAGUCUGUGUGCCUAUACAUUGAGCGUCUCCAAAAGAAAAGCCAUUAUGCAGUGGCAAGGCUUGGUCCUAAAUAACCUUUGGAAUUUGAGAUCAGUUGGCCAUUGUUCUCAGUGUCUCAGCUGUAUCUGUGGAAAUCGCAUCUCUCCCAUCCCAGGCUUUUACUCUGAGCAGCACUUUGUUCUUCCAGUUCAACCCCAAGUCUGGCCAAGUUGAUGUUAAAUUUUAAUAAGAGUUUCUCUCCUCUUUCCAAGUGCCUGUGGAGCCCAUUUUUUAUCUGCUCCAGUGGGGCAGCUCCUUCUUUUCCAGAAAUCUCAUCUAGAUUGCUAACAGUGUUGUGAACCCUUUUGAAAAAUUGUUGCUAUAGUUCAGACAUCAGCGCACUGUCCCUCUCUGGGAAGAAACAGCUGUGCCUACAAAGAAGGGCAAUAAGGAGAUACACAGUCCUUAUGCUACCUGGUCCCAAAGCUGGGUUGUUCUUUGGGAGAAGCUAAAUCUGACCCAGAUACAAUCUAGUGAAAGAAAACCAUUCAGAUCCAAACACAAUACUAAUGGUGGCACAUCUUACACUCUGUGAAUGUCAGUCAUUCAGAUAGAUGAAAGGAAAUAAGGGCAAAUAUUUCGAAAUAAGAAGUGUUAACUAUACACAGAAUAAUAAGGAAAUUAAAAUUAUAAGCCAUUUUAAUAAUACUUUUAAAUCCAAGGAUAAUUUUAUGGGCAUGAAAACCACACCAUGACUGUGUUUUAUGACUUUAACUAUACCAUGACUAUGUCUUGUCACUUUAAACCACACCGUGGCUGUGUCCUUUCUCUUUAAAAAGCAUGGGACACCGUGCAGCUACUCUCCAGCCAUGAUAGGUUUGGGUCACGGAGAGACUGAUAACAGGCAGAACUGCAUUCAUUGUCAUCAGUAUUGAAAGACUUGGCUAUUCCUGAGCUCUUAGUUCAUUUGGUUGGAGCUCAGGGAUAUUAAUGCUGAGAUUAUCCAGACCCGUUUCUGACUCCAGAGCUUUAAUCUCAAUGUGCCCAUUAGGUCUUACUAAAUAUAAAUUCCGACUCUUUGCACUGGGCAAGAUGAAGUACCAAAAGACCAGAAAAUCCCCAAAGCCAGUUCACUAUUUCAAGAUAGCCUAUUUAAAUUCGAUCUCAUCAGAACAUUGUGGGUUUUGUUUGUUUUUAAUUUGGGGGGGAUUUUUAAAUCUUACCACAGCCUUGUUCCCUAAGUUUAGACUAAGAAACCCUUCCUGUCUUCUAUUGUUGCUUCCACUGUACAUUGAACAGGAGUACAAAAUAGUAGGAAAAUGGGCUGCUCUUCAGGACCUGAGGGUUUGGAGGUCAGUUCAUCCCUGCCUCUAGGAAGGAUUUCUUGAGAUGAUCCCCACAUUCUGUUUAUAAUAUAACAACAACAAUAAUAAAUCAUCUGAAAAAAUUCCAACAUAACCUCAAAUUUACAAUGCUAAAGAUUCCUUUACAAUGCAGAUCCCUUCUAUUUAAAAAAAAAAUAAAAAAAAAACAUUAGGUACAAAAUGUUGGCAAAAUAUUUAUUGCCGUUUUCCCUGUAUGGUAAAGGCCUUUCUGGCUAUUUUACUGUCAGUUGUACCCUUGACCUGCUGCUCCAAUAGUUUGGAAAUGUAGCCAUUUGAUGAUCCUACAAAAUCUUUCUGUUUUUCAAAACUGUUUCACGCUGUAAACCCAUGUAGCCGCUGUCAUGAUGGGAAGGCUCCCUUAACAGAAAGGUAGUCAGCAUUUGUCAGCAUUCCCACUGUCCCCAGGCUUGUAGGCUCAAGUGCAGUGGACAGAGCAGAGGGACCCUUGGAUUUCCUGUCUGUGCAGCUACACAGUCAUACCCCGUCCUCCUUUGUCGGCCUCACCUGGUUGGUUCUGGUUAGAAACAGUCUCAUUUUUUGGCUACUUAGAAAAGAGUACACCAUCAAAUAUGGGAAUCAAGGCCACCACAAAGCCCCCAAGGAUGUCCGAAAAUGACGAAGUUACAGAGGAGAAAGGGAAAUCCAAAAGCCCUUGGCAGCCCGCUCAUUGCUAGACCUGUGGUCUCAUCUUUGUUCUUUGUAUUGUGUGGAUUCUGGGAAGACAGAGUCAAAAGAUGGUUUUCAUGACUCCCUCCCACACCCAGAAACUGGGGGGUUGUGUAUGAGUAUAUGGAGCUGGAUCAAAUCCAGCACCUUGCACGUAGUAGACAAAUCCUCGAUCAUUGGUCUGAGUUCCCAGACUGUGUUCUUGAGCUAUGUAACUUUAACCAUUAUAAAAUGCAGUGUGUUUAGUAGUACUGUGUGUCCAGCAAUGCCGAAUAUGGUCAUCUGUCUCUGACCUGAACAUCAGACACUUGACCAUGGGCUACCGCAAGGGUGUGUAAAGGAGACCCCACUCACUACCCAGUAUCCAGGUGCCAAGGCUAUCAGCGCUGAUGAAUGUGAGUGCCCAGACAAAACCAAGAUUUCAGGGAAUUGAGUGAAUAUAAGAACAUACUUUCCAACUUCAGGCAGGGCACCAGACACUCAGGCAAUCGCUCAAGGACCCUAUGGACGCAGGAAUAAUAGAAAGGGAGGGGCCUCUGAGCUUCGCAAGCCCUUCUUGACUUUGCAAAUCUGAAACUUGAGAUGCAGAGACACUAAGCGAUUUUCCCCAAAAUGUACAUAGAUAAUUAUUGAAGAGGUUAUAAUUUCACAUCUUUACCUUAUUGGUUUGGGUCUAGUAUCUUUGAACAAAUGUAAUGGAUAAGGCCUGUAAGGGAGGAAGGUGAAAGAUCACUAAACGUACCUGGCCAGGUACACAGCAGCAGCAGAGGACACCAUUGCCCAGUACAUAGCAGGCUGCUGAAAACCACCCACUCGCCCUUAAAAUGAGAGAAAAGCCACUUGCUAUAUCAUUGUCUGAUAAACCCCAGUUCAGUUAUUGAUGGUAUAGAGCUGACAGCUGAAAAUGUACCUGAUAACAUAUUCAUUUUAAUAAAGUCUUGUUUUAAUAAUGUGUAUGCAUGAUUUAGAAGACCAAGGCUGGAAGUGACUGUGCACUCUUCCUUGUAUAUAACUUCAGCAGGGGCCCCUGGAGUCAAGAAAUAUUUUCCACGCUGUAAUUGCAGCAACAGACUUCAAAUUGUUGUAUUGGUUUAAUUCACUAAGACUGUACAAAGCGUAGUGAAAAACUUUGGUGGUUCUUCAUUCCUUUCUAAUGACAUUCCAAGAACUUUUCUGUAUAGUUCUGGGUCCUUCUUUCUCAUAACUGUUUGAAUGCCUCAGGCAAACAUUUGCUUAGCUUCUAUUACUUCCCAGAUGUGUAUAACUGACCUUUUGACUACCAAGUCGGGGCUGUGUAUGUGUGUUUGAAGAGUUCUGAUGGGACACCACAGGUGCUGAGGAUAGACGGCAUCUUGGCCAGUCUGUCUAGGCCACUUUAUCUGUGGAUCAUUUCAUCAAGGCCACUGAUGAGUUGAUACCAAGGACCCAAAUGGCUAAUCCUGCCUCUCUCACCCUCUGACUGCUUUGCCACAAAAAAAUAUAACAUUUCAAAUGGAAAAUGUUGUAGAAUGUUAUUAUUUGCUAUGUAAUAUUUCUGAACAUGUAUUUUUAUCGUGAAGAUUUGUUAAAGAUAUGUGCGGCUGAAUAGAUGUUUUAAUCCUU